AUCCCUUCUCUCUAUCCAGCCGCAAGAAGAAAAAAAAGAGAUAGGAGCAGUAGCUGGUAGCGAAGAAAAAAAUAAAGAUGCACAGAUCGCACCAUCAUUGAACUUGAUGAAGUUUCCUACUGAAAAGAGAAGUUGUACCGAUUUAUUGGGGUUUCAGUUUUAUUGUUUUUAUGAGUUGAAGAACAACUACUGUUGCUGGUCCUUCUUUUGCAGGCUGUUAUUCGACAAAACCUAAAAAAUCUGAAUGCUGGUUUGGGGAAAGUAGUAAACCUUAAUCUAAUCUAAGUUUUAGAUAUUGUGAUGGAUAAUUUUGUGAGUUGCAAGAAUCAGAUUAUGGAUCUCUGUAUUGAAUGUCAAGCAAAGCCCUAACACCGAACACUGAUUUGUUGUAUGUUUAUUUAUGGAAUUUGAUGGUGGUGCCUGGUUAUGUUGGCGAUAGUGGUGUGUUAGUUAUGGUGUGGCUCAACUAUCACCCAUCACCACCAGCACCUUCAACAACAUCCACCAAUCGCCAACUCAGUGUCCACAAAUGAGAUUAUGUGUUUUGAUAUAUGCACAAUUAAGCGGCUGUUCAAGAAAAUAUGGUAAAGUCUAGGCUCUUAUAUUUUCGCAAAUGACCUCAAUUAUCUUGUGUAUAUGAAUUCGAUUUGUUGUGGAAUAAGUAGGUAAGUCGAUAUCAUUUUGAUUUGAUUUCCGUGUUUAAAAAUCCAGUCCAUAUUAACUUGUUAAAAGCUCUUUACGUAUAUAAUUUUCUUAACUUUUCUUUUUAAAAAUGGGAAUUCAUGGUCUGAUCUUCUUCUUUGUAUUAUUGUUCUUGAGUGUUUUUGUUAACGGAGAAGGAGGAUUAUCAUUCAAAGUGAUGCAUAAAUUUGGAGGUGAAGCUAACAGGUCACUUAAGGAUGGUAAAGCUACCGGAACCAGGCUUUACUACACAAAACUUGCAAUUGGAUCUCCUCCGAAAGAUUAUCUUCUCGAAGUAGAUACUGGUAGUGAUGUUUCAUGGGUUAACUGCGCCUAGUGUAGCCCUUGCAGUCCUACUUAUACUGCCGAAGACAGACAGAAAUGGAAGUGCUGGAUACGUUGUUCAAGACAUCGUUGAGUCUGAUCUAGUACUGGAAAUCUUCAAACAACUAUUGGAAAUGCAUAUAUUCAAUUUGGGUUAUUGUGAGUGGAAAGCCUAGGACACACAAACCAAGUAAACUGAACUAAUGAUAAAAUCCAAUCAGUUAAGUGGAUUUAUAUUGCAAGUUUUAAAUCCAUUACAGAUACAAUGGCGUGCGCUUGAUGAGAUUAAUGCUGGAGUUUUUGAUGGAAUGACAAACGAAGAGAUAAAGAAAAACAUGCCUGAAGGAUAUGAGUCUCGUAAGAAGGACAAGCUGAGGUACCGCUACCCUCAGAGGGAGUCUUAUCUUGACGUUAUCCAAAGGUUAGAGUCUGGGAUUAUUGAGACUGAACGUCAGCGCUCACCUGUUGUGAUUUCGCACCAGGUUGAGUAUUAUUUCAGUUAUGCAAAUUUGGCGAAGUCUUCGAAGCUUGUUGCAAGUGAAGAUGGAAGUAGGUCAGGCGUCAAAAUUCAUUCACCGACCCAGGUAUGGAAGGAUUGCAGGCAUUCAACUUCUGAAUAUAUGAUCAGUUUUCAGUAUUUCAUCUCUGCUGACUUCGCGAUGCACAAGGAGUUGGCAUUAAAGGCUGCUAUUCUGCAGAGAAGUUUGCUCCUGAUCUAUGUUGGUAUAUAGAUGUGAUUCGUCAGUUGAUCGACAAAGCAGGAGAUUUCGUCAGUGAUGACAUUUGGUACCGUGUUGUGCAGUUUGUGACAAACAACAAAGAUCUACAGCCUUAUGCAGCAUCAAAAAGGUAGAGAGUAUCUCGACAAGACCGCUAUACAUGAAACAAUGGUCAAGUUCUCAGUUAGGCUCAUCAGCUUGUGCAAGGUCUCAAGUAACAUGUUUCCGGAUAAAGGCCUACUGAUUGUGAAUAAUAAAUCUUUUCUACGCAGUACUUUUAAAAUUGGUAAUAGGCAUAUUGUGGUCCUCUACUGCUUCUGAAUGGUGUUUCUUUCUUCGGUGUAGGUGUGAUCUGCACCGAAUUAUUGCUAUAUGUGUGGAAACAUAGCUCUGAGACUGAGAUUCAGUUAUAAUACGGUAUAUUAUAGGAUCUUGUAGGUUUGUUUUUUUUCUUUUAACUUGGGUCAUGUGCGUUGGAUUGUACUUGAAGUUUAGUUGUUUUUUUCAGCGUAGAACAUUGUAUGAAUCUCAACAUGAAACAUUGUAUGUCAAUUGCCAAACU